AUGCAACUGAAACGUUGUGGGCAGCAGAGACAGCAGCCUGCCGAAGUAGGCGGAAUCGCUAAAUGGUGGAGCGCCGGAAACCUUCUUGGCGAAAACUCUCGCACUGCCUCCCUCCAGCCCAACCAAAUUCGUACUAAGGGUUCAGUGGCCGGCAGUUCCGACGAGCUCUUCUUUCCCACGGAGGCUAAAUCGAAAUCCCUUAAGGGCAAAAAAUCGAAACAGAAGCACAAGGGCAGUGCAGACGAAGGUGCUAAUUCCUCUCGGCUAUGGAAUGCCAAAAAGACGAAAAAGGACUCAAAAAGUCGAGGCUCGGAUGAUACAGGACAGGCAGUUAUUCGGACUGCAUCAAUGCCCAACUUUUUUGAAAAUGAAGCACCUUCAGGCGCCCAGCAGAGAGCGGACGCCGGUACGUUACUGUCUGUGUUUUUAUCUAUGAAUAUAAUGUCUUGCAGCCGGUGCUAA